AUGGCUGCCAACCUAAUCAUCGGCUUUCUCAAGCUUCUCUAUGGCAACCUCCGACUGAAGUAUGAGGUAUGGCAAACCCAAAAGGAAAUCCUUGAAGCCAUGCGUGAAGCUGACCCUUUCCUCGACGUGGAGCGCCUAACCUGCGUUUCCCUCGAGGAGCAACAGGCCCAUGUUUCCGGAGCCCGCGCCGCCUACGACCAAACUGCCUUCGAGAUUCGCGGGGUCCGCGAAGCCUGGAGCCAACUUCCGGCCGACGAACGGCGAGACAUCCCCCUCCCCGAGGCUCCUCCGUGCCCUCAUUCUACUCCUCCUCCGACCUCACCUCCGACCUCUAGUUCUCGCAACCAAAAUCCCGGCUGUCGUCCCCCGCCUCCAUCCCUCUCCGACCCUGCCGUCGGCACUGUCGCCCGCCCUCCCCGCGCACCCAGUCUUCUCGUCCCACGCCCUGCUCCCCGACGUCCCCCACGUCUGCGACCACGCCGGCCCGCUAAUACCUGA